UUCCUCUCUUUCACAGAUCUUCCGGCCUGCCUUUUGCACUUGACCUAAUAUAAACUUGAUAUUUCUUGGCAGACAGACAGGUUGCAAUGGGGAGGAGUCUCACAGUUCUGUUCAGUCCAGGACAGGCUGAAGGACAAACAGACACAAAGGUGCAGAAAGAGAAAGGGACAAAAGACUGACCAACAAAAUUAAAGGAAUGGCGUCUCCUGCAUCGAUGGCGACCCGCAGGCUAUUUGCUGCUGCAUCACACGCAGGCCAUGAGGGAGGAUCAGCUAGGACCUGGAAGAUCCUGUCGUUUGUGUUGGCCCUACCUGGUGUGGCCGUCUGCAUCGCCAACGCCUACAUGAAGAUGCAGCAGCACUCCCAUGAACCCCCUGAGUUUGUGGCCUACUCACACCUUCGCAUCCGCACCAAGAAAUGGCCCUGGGGUGACGGCAACCACUCUCUCUUCCACAACCCUCAUGAAAAUGCUCUUCCUGAGGGUUAUGAGGGCCCCCGCCACUAAGGAAACCUCCUAACUCUAUGCUGAUCAUCCACCUUCCCUGAUUGCUACAUGCUGAAUAGCUCUAAUCUAUAGCUCUAAUGAACCUGGCAUUAUGCUACUGACCAAGGGGCCAAUUAGCAACACUACUGACUGUGGUGCUCCCAGUCAGAUAGAAAUAAAAAAUAUACUAGUUUUACUGUAUCACA